GCAGAAGAAUUAGAGGAGGUAAAAAAGAUAGAAGAGCAACUAGCCGCCCAGACUGAACUCCCAACCCAAAUGCGAGUCAUAGCUCGAAAUGUUGCACGCCUGGCACGAAUUCAGGCGGAGCAAUACGACUUUAGGAGUCAACACAUAGCUGUGCAUUCAAUAAAGUUGGGAUUCCGGGACUUUGCUCGAGAGUUGGUAGGCGCUAUAGGCACUGAGGUGGGCCACUGCCUCGACAAGACUGAGCGGUUCUGCGCUGGCGCUAUUGAGGGCGUCAAGGCGACGAUCCCCAAGGAGGAGGAAGCACGUCCUCCUCGUCGGGAACCGGUCAAGGUCAAAUUCCCUGAUUCCUACAGUGGGAAAAGGGAAGAUAACUUUGACAACUGGGAAGCCAACGUUAAGACCUAUGUGCACUCGCAACAGGUCUCCCCGGAUCAGCAGGUUCUAAUUGCGAUCCACGCGCUGAGAGAUGAGGCCGCCAGUUUUGCAAGGUCCCUAGUUCGCACUGCCAACUGUAGUGAYGAUCCCGUUGCGUACUCCUCGUUCACGUCCCUCACCGAAUUCCUGAAAUUGCUGCGCGAGCGAUUUGCUGAUGUCACUUGCAGUGUUAAGGCCUCAGACAAGCUCCAAACCAUCCAUUCUCGUAAAUGGAAGAGUGCCAGGGCGCUCAAGGGCACGAUGGAUGAAUUGGUGGCCGUCCCUGUCUACCUUCUGGCACAAGGACUUAGACAAAGGGAAGCAAUGGAAAGGCUGCACUAUCUCAGGGCAGAGGGAGUCCAGGCGUAUUUCCGCCUAGAGAAAGGUGGGAAAGUGGAGAAGGUCCUCCACUCCCUGACUCUUCUCGUAGAAGACAGCCUCCCAUUUGAUAUUGUUCUGGGAAUGGAUUGGGGAGAGGCAGCUGGGGCCACGCUCCAUUUGAAGGAGCACGAGUGUAGGCUCCCUAGUCCUUCAGGCGAGGCUAAGACUGCCCGCCUGUUUCACGUGUCAGGAGUAGAGAAUCCACUGGCACAUUGCUGCCUUAGUGCGCGUGCAUUUGCCAAAUUAGUAAAGAAGGAGAAACUGGAGGAACAGAUUUUUGUCGCCUAUGUUAGGCUGGUGACUGAGCCUACGAAAGAAAAGUCGAUUAACCGUGCGAUUGCCAAGCUGCUGGAAGAGUUCAAGGAUCUAACUGAGCCGCCGAUAGGAGUAGUACCGCGGCCCAUCCAGCACCGCAUUGAGAUAGGGCUUGACAGUAGAACUCCUAAGGGUGCUGUGUAUAGGAUGUCCCCACGGGAGUUAGAGGAGCUUCGCAAGCAAUUAGACGAGCUCCUCGAGAAGGGUUGGAUUAGGCCCAGUUCGUCUCCUUUUGGAGCGCCUGUUCUCUUUGUUCCUAAGAAAGACGGAGAGCUGAGGAUGUGCAUAGACUAUAGGGGUCUGAAUGCUAUUACAGUAAAGAAUGCUGAGCCACUGCCUAGGAUAGACGAUCUCUUAGAUCGAGUGCAGGGGGCGAAGUAUUUUUCCAAGAUAGAUUUGAAGUCCGGACAUCAUCAGAUAGAAGUGCAUCCUGAUGAUCAGUAUAAGACAGCCUUCCGGACUAGAUAUGGGCACUACGAGUUCAUAGUGAUGCCCUUUGGACUAACCAAUGCGCCAGCAACUUUUCAGCGGUGUAUGAAUGAUUUGUUUAGGCCAUGGUUAGAGAGAUUCGUCGCAGCUUACUUAGACGACAUCCUAGUGUUUAGCAGGACCCUCGAAGAGCAUCAGGGUCAUCUUAGGGAGGUCUUGGAGAAGCUGAGGGAAGCUAACUUCAAGAUCAAUGCAAAGAAGUGCGAUUGGGCGAAAACCCAAGUUUUGGUAGUCCAGGAGGCCGUGCUCACAGUCUUCCUCCACAGAAUGCACCUUACAGUGUUUGAGGUGAAGUGGAAUGGCUCUUGGUGGGAUGCAUCAGUAAUGAGUCGCAAAGGCGACAUAUGCAGUGUGCAUUACACCAAUUUUUCAGGCGACGACUCAAUUGAUAAUGUACAUAUAUCACAGAUCAGGUUGCGGUCAAGAGUGCUCAAGGGCGAAGAAUGCCAGGAACUGCAACCUGGGAUGAGGGUCCUCGUCUUCUGCAUGCACCCUGAGGCAGCGCGCAUAACAAAGGGCAAGGCAUGGUACGCUGCAGAUGUCAUACAAGUGGACUGCAAGCAACACAUCCGGAGGGCAUGCAGCUGCAAAGUUAAAGUGCGUCUUCAGCCCCUGGAGGGAUGCGUCUCUUCAUCAGCCAAAAAUGGUUGUCGUGCAGAAAGGGUGAUUAGCAACAUUGUGAAGAAUGUUACGAUACCCCAAGGGCCAUGUCCUUGCCCAAUGGAUGAGAUGAUUGACAGGAUCCUGGAAGCUGAUCCCACAUAACAAUCUGGUUUCGCUGGGUCCUCUGCGACUGCCGCAAUGCUGAAAGAUUGCAUGAUUGGUCUGUUAAUCUGGACUCUGAAAGUUAGGGGUUGCUGCAUUGAUCUCAGGAUUGAGAGUACAGGGUAGGAAGUUGGGUCUGAGCGUCCAACGCUUUGCAGGUUUCGGGCCCUGCUGCACUGCCCUUGCCGGGUAAAAGUCGACGCAGCUCUGGCCUGGCAUGCAGGCUGACAGAGUUGCAUUUGCGAACAGCGGCAACUAGCUACUUAACAGCUGAAGGGUUCAUCGUCGUCUCCUGAACCCCCAAGUCGACGCGGCUCUGCCAUGGCACGCAGACUGACAGAGUUACAUUGGUGCUUGCGGACAGCAGCAGAUGCCUACCGGUAGUUAACAGCUGAAGGGUUCGUCGUCACCUGCGCCCCCAUUCGACACAGCUCUGGCCUGGCAUGCAGGCUGACAGAAUUGCAUGGGUGCUUGCGAGCAGAUGCAGAUGCCUAAUUAACAGCUGAAGGGUUCAUUGUCACCUGAGCCCCCAGAUGUGAAAGGAUGGCUGGACGUAUGGUGGACAUAGGGCCUCGCUCCGCCGUCGAGGCCUGGUCGAUCCGAGGACAUGUGAGGGAUCAUCAGGAAGGAGGUAAGGAGGACUGGGAUGGCAUCAGGUCAUCAAAUGCAUUUGUCUAGCAGAGCAGUUGAAUUGAAAUAACAUCGUCAGCCUUCUGGCCUCGUUUUGUCUUCGUUCCCCUUUUUGCCUCUUUUGUUGGGGCAGUAUGGGUGUACACUGUACGUCUUUUUGUGGCGAGCAUUGGGGAAGUACUUUCCGCAAAUUCGGAUUUAUUGGCAGUUAGUUGAUGUCCAGGUGCAUUGGCACGUGUAUGAAAAGAGAGAGAGAGGGACGGUAUUAUAGGGGUUUCAUUUCGUGGAGCACACGGCUCUCAAGGUCCUUAUAGAUCUUUAGGUGAAGUGAUGGACCCUUACACCUUUGACUAUGAUGUCAGACCCAGCUGCACACAAAGCUCUGCCAGUUGCUGAAUAUCUGUCUACGGGCAAAGGAGGGGGCGGGGGAGUUGACCCAGAACCAUCCAGCCUGUGGGUCGAUAACAUCUCGGGGGAGUUGUGGACUGCGUAGUGGUGGUCGCAGAGGACUCAGCUACUCCAGGACCAGCAACUGCAUGGUUAUGUUUGCUUGCGGAUUCUGUGACCCGCAUGCGUGCAUGCAAUUCGCAGCGAUCCGCGGACAUUGCAGACUUGCGGAGUGUGGUUUGUAAAUAGUGUGUUCCCUAAGUGUGUGGAUUGAGAUUGUUCUGUGCCUUGGGCCAGACCGAACCAGAGUAUCGACUGCGUGGUGAUGCAUUUAUCGUUGCGUUUCACUUGCGAGU